UUUUUGAAAGAACGUAAUAAAAUGCCACUGUGGCGAUAGUAGUUCAAAUACCAUUAUUUUUAUGUGAUAUCGCAAAACCUGCAGGUGUACCACAAAACAAUUCCCUUGAAAUAACAGCAUGCUACGAUAACUCGUCAUCAUUUGCGAAUAUCGUUAGGAAUAAACCUAGAGUUGUAGAUGUUUUACAUGGUUCCAUUGUACACUUGUGGUGUCACUUUUGGUGUUAUAAAUGCCUCUAAACUCAGAACAGGAACAUUAAAUCAGUGGUUAGAUUACAAACGAACCUACAUCGAUCCGAUAAAUAAAAGAUUUAAAGUUGCUGAAGAUGAACCUUUGAAAUCACUGAGAUUAAAUUUUAACCUGAAUUUUAAAAUUAUAACGGUAUGGGAAAAUUGGGGUGAAUGUACGGAAAUUGACCACCAAAAAGGUAUACGUCGAAAACUCGGUCGAUGUCGUUUACGUGCGAGUGUUAAGGACAACACCCAAGAGAUGGUACCAAAGCGCAGUAAAGCAGUCCGGAACGCCCUUUCGUAUUUGACUGAUGGUUUCGAUAUUCCUUGCCGUUCAUUGCGAUUGAAUAAAACAGUUCCAAAGAUAAGUAAAAUUGUGAGAGACAUCCCAGACUACCAAGCAGAAGAAAUGUGUUUUGUUGCAAAGAAAAUGGCUAAGCAUAAACCUAAUAAAUAUAAACUAAAAAGCAUGAAGCAAGUGCCUGAAAAUAGUCACGUGACACUUUCAUGUACAGAAGUUAUCCCAAAUUCGGAUCUGAAAUGGUUUAAAGAAGAAAAACUACUAAACUCUUUGUUUAGAAAAAGUACGUGUAAAAGUGAAGAAGAACCACAUAUUUCAGUUGAUACCAAUCAUUCUCUUCACAUAUUGCAUAUCAGUAAGAAAGAAGAAGGCAAUUAUUCAUGUCUAUUAAACGGUAAAACGGUGCAAGAGUUUGAAGUAAAAGUUUUAUCAAAAGCUACAUUGUUGAAUCAAGAAUUUAUUCGUUACUCAAUAUAUUUGGGAUUCGUACUUUCAUUGACAAUGACGUGUUACUGUGCAGGAGUAUGCGUUGCUUGGCAUCGAAAAUCUUCUUUUGCAGAUCCCUUAAAUCUUCACAAAAAGGAAAAUUAUGGACAAAGUGCAUCACAGUGUGAACAACGAAAAUUGUUGGAAUGGAAUUAAGAUUUCUGUUUCAUCUGGAUGAUUAUAGAAGUAAAUAAAUAUAAGAUUCUCAUCAUUUCUUUUGACCCUCUCCUAUACCUAACUAAAACUUCGGGGCAGACUCUAGUCCUUCUAAAUAGCAUUCCGCUGAUAUGAGUAUCCGAACUAAAAUUUACUCAAAGUUGCAACGCACAAAAUGGUUUAAUUUUUCUCGUUUGGCAAAACUAAAAGCUAAGUCAUUAGUGACAUCAUCUGACGUUGUAUUUGACACCUGUCAGGUGACAGCUGAAUAUAUAGCUGUUUUACCUAUAGUUCUAUUUGUGUGUACAAUACGUAACGAACGUACAACCAGCAUCGUACGUUCAUAUAUUUUGUGAAUGAGUUGUAAACUAAAAUGAAAAGUUUGAAGAGUUGACGCAGACCUUUGUAUCCAUAAGUAUUGACUGGAAGAGUGUAACAAAAUGGGCAACAGUACUUUAUUUAUAUGUUCAAUAUUGUUAUUUAUUGUCACACAGGAAGUACAAAGUAAGUUUUCACUUAUGUUUUUGACACGACUAUAUUUAUCAAGGUGAAGUGAGAGUUGUUCAACAAUAGUUUGGAAGAAAUAAGUGUUAGUCACUUGACUG